CUUCUCAAUACCAGCGCUGGAGCCUCUGAAGAGAGACAAAGGCUCCACCCACCAUCCCAACCCAAACCCUAGCCACAUUAAUCAUAUUUACAACCAUUACAAUGAGAUGAGAUCUAGCAGUUCAAUAUCCAGAAUAGUGAAUAAUGAAUGCUUGGAGAGCUCUUGCUAGUUGCUAGUUGCUAGUUGCUUCCCCAUUCUAACAGAGGAGGAGCCCGAGCUCCAUCCCCAACCCUAGCAUUCUAGUAACAUGUCCAGUAAGCAAAGAGAAGUCGUAUUCUAAGUCUCCACAGCCGGGAUGGCGGCCUCCCUCAUUAUCUGCAGGUACUUUUCCUUCCUUCUCGCCAUCUUCUUCUUCUUCUUCGUUUCUGGGUGCUACCCUAGGGUGCCCUCCUUCUCCUUCUCCAUUGGGCGAUUCCACGAGAGCAAUUUCAGCGCGGAUUCGGAGAUUAGCCUCUCCGGCAACGCCCAUGUCUCCAGUGAUGGCUCCUCCAUCCAAAUGACAGGAGCUCGGAUAUUGUACGGCAAACCCAUCAAAUUUCAGGGGCAAAAACCCGCCUUCUCCACCAACUUUACCUUCUCUUUUCCAUCGCCAAGUCACGAUCUAGUCUUCUUUGUGACACCCUACCCCUCCCCCUCCUCCUCCCAUGUUCCUGAUGGACCCAGGGAUGGACGAAAUGGGGAUGCUCUUUUCUUGCUCACUGCCCUCACAAUCACCUUUCAAAUGGUGCCACUUGAAUCCAAAUCUCAAUACCACGUCCAAAUUGUUGUUGCUAGUCAAGCCUAUACUGAAAGCACUAAUUUUUCCUAUGUCAAUCUGGUCCUGGAUGAUGUUGGUGAAAAGUUGCAGUCUUGGAUUGAUUAUGACGGAGAUUUCAAGAGGGUGCAAGUUUGGGUGGCCAAAUCUGGGGAGCUGCGGCCACUUAACUCAUCCGUAUCUUCUUGUCCCAUUGAUCUUUCAGACAUGCUGCAGAGGGACGUAAUGUUUGUGGGUAUUGAUAACAAUAUAAAUUCUUCUUCUGGUGGUUUUGCUUUGCCAACUUGUCUCUAUUCUUGGAGCUUCACAAGUAUAAAUGGAGCACCUUACAUGAUGCAUUCAGAACCUCUGAAUCCUCAGUCAGUGCUUGUGCGAUCGAAGGAUGGGAAUGGGAAUGGGAAUGGGACUUUCAUUCAACUCAGAAGAACUAGUGGUAAAUGGAGACUCGUCACAGCAGUGGUGUUAAGUUUUGCCUUUGGGGCCUUGGUGAUGCUCACCUUGAUGUUAAUACGCGCUGCUAUUGUGGAUAAGCAGCAGGUAGCGCCCUUGGAGGAUGUGCAUUCCAUUGAGUUUGGAUAUGAAAAGGUGCUAGUGCUGGAAGAUGCCAAGGGUGUAAAGGGAGGAGGAGAAGCUUCCCAGUAGGUGUGCUGUAUUAAGGUUUGCCAUGUACAUUUCUCCACAUCUUGUCCCACUUUAUAUUUUUCAUGUUGUCCCACUUUAUAUUUUUCAUGUUGUGAAUCUGAUGGAAAGAGUAGCAUUUGUUGCAAACCUCCUCAAAGGCCGCCCUUUCCAUCAACUGAAUUCGGGUGUAUGUUAUUACGCUCGUUGCAAUUCUGAGUGCAAUCUCUUGUUGGAGUUUAGUCUCAAGUGUUUUUUUUUUUCUCCUCUCCUCUCACUCUGGAAGUUAUGUUUAUGGAAAGACAUGUAUGUAUCCUAUCACUGCACAAUUUAAUAUGAUUCCCCACAUUUAUGUUGGCA